AUGAAUACAGCAGAGAAAGAAACUGUAAGUAAAACGUUCGCACAAAACCAAGCAGAGAGAAUGAAAAAGCUGAGAGAACUACACAGGCUGAGAAACGAAGCCAGGACACACAAUCACCAAGAAGUGAUCGCCGAAGAUGCGAGAAACAAGCUUCCAAAUAACUGGGAGAGCAGGAAACGAAGAGCAGAAUGGAUGUUGAAUGAUCAAACUGAAAGAGAGGAGGCUGUCAAUCGUGGAGAGGAUUAUGAUAGGCUAAAAUUAUUGAACGUUUCUGCUGUGGAAGCUGAAAGAUUAGAAAGGAUGAAAAAGAAGAAAAACCCUGAUGAAGGAUUUUCUAAUUUUGAAGCUGCAUCUGUGAGACAGUACAAUAGGUUGGUGAAAAAUUUACCAGCAAAAGACAUGGAAAGAUACAUAGAGCAGAAGAACAAGUAUGGUGAAGCAUUUUAUGCUGCUCCCAAUACAAUUGUGCAUGGUUUACAUGAAGACAGGCCAGAGGCUGUGGACAAUCUGGUGAAGAGUGUGGAAGAGCAGAUAGCAAAGAGGAACAAGUAUUCUAGGAGGCGUACUCAUAAUGAUGAUGCUGAUAUUGAUUAUAUCAAUGAGAGGAAUGCCAAGUUCAAUAAGAAAAUGGACAGGUUUUAUGGGGAGCAUACUGCUGAGAUUAAACAGAAUUUGGAGAGGGGCACUGCAGUGUAA